CUUCCGUCUGACAUCUAGACAAGGUGCUUGCCCGAUGGCGAUAAUACCGACCCCCAGUCGCGUUGCUCGCGCUGUGCAAGGCUCAACCUGGUGUGCGAGUACUCGCGGGCCCGGCGAGCAAGAAGAAACAGUGAUGAAAACAACUCGCCGCCCUCGGCCCGUCGGACGAAUGGGUCGUCUAACCAGCAUGACAGAUUCCACCCUCACAACGGCAUUCCCCUAUCCCGCGUUAAGUGGGAGGCCGCCGCGGCAUACAACACCAACACCAUCAACAACGGCAACAAUACCAACGGCAAUGCUGUUAGCGAGGGUGGUAUGUUCAUUCCCGACAUGCUCGACAACAAGGCGGGGGAUUGGGGUCAACCUCGACAUGCACCGAUGCCUAUCAGCAAACACUCUCCGGACCUGUACUCCCUGUCCAGUGGUUCUGAUACUCGACCUUCCCCCUUGGCGCAGUACGGUCUUCUCCCCGGCAAGAAUUCCGCCACAUUCGAAGACUACUUGAGUCCCCCACUUCAAAUAAUAGAUGGGCCACAGGCCGCUUUCCAUGGCCGAAACGCCGACGAAGACGCACCCCCGGUUAGCGCCGAAGCUUUGUCGGAGACAUACUCCAAUCCGAUCGAGAUGGGAUACAUGACUGAGACGUACGCUCGGAAUUUGUUUGCGCUCUUCAUUACACGAGUCGCUCCCAGCUCGUCCUUGUUCGACCCGUAUUAUCACACCCUCGAACGGGUGCGCCAGUCUCCAGUACUGUUCACCGCAGUUCUGUCAGCUGCUGCUCUGUUCAUGCGCCCAGAGCUGGCCGACUCACUGCGCAAGCUUGCUGACGAGCACAUCAAUCGCAUGAUCUCUAGCGGUUAUUACGACCUGAGCCUUAUCCAGGCGAUAUUGGUGCUUGUAAAUUGGAAGCAUCCCAAUGAUCGUACGGCGUACCAGAAGAUGGGCAUGGCCGUGCGUCUUGUCCAGGAACUCAGACUGGCCCGUAUUGCCACUUCGCCCAACGCGAGUGAGAGCCCAAAAAACUCAAAUGAGCAGCGCCGCAAGGUGGACAUCGAGCGUACGGUUCAAUGGUGUUUCGGUGUGUGGUUGGUUGGGACCAGUCUUACCACAGGUCAUGACAUUGCGCUCUCAUACGCCUUACAGCUCCCACCAGCUCAAUUUUCGCCCAUGCCCACAGCUGAUCAAGUUAAUCGCUGGGCGGAGUCCCAUCGCCAUUUAAAUGUGCAUGGCGAUUUUUUCUUGGCGUUCAAUGCUGGGUAUGCCGCUUGUUUCAACCCCCGCUCACCCAAGCUUGUGGGAGGCCCACUCCUCGUGCGGCGGUCACCCCCGCUUUUUGAUCGAGGGAACACCAGUGAAGUAUACGAUGGAGUCCUUUAAUCAAGUAAACCAGCGCUUGGAGGAGCACUUAAACCUUUUCCGCAACCACCCGGCACUGAGGGAGAACCCUUACGUGGGGCUUUGCCAGCUGAUGACCGACGUGGCACUCCUCAAGGUUCGCACAGUGGGGUGGCUCCAGAAAUUCGCACCGACCUCAACAUCAACCUGGAUUAUUGAGAAGUGCAA